CCACUCUCCUCUCUUUUCCAUUUCCCCUUCCAUUUCUGUUUUGUCUGCCCUUGAUUUGUUUCCUUUAUCUCUCAUUUAAUCCUCCUCUUGACUUCUUAACUCAUCUUUCCUUCCUCUCCUCUCUUCUUGUGUCUGCUCCUCUCUUCUCCUCUCUCAUUGUCUCCUCUCCUCUCCCUCUCCCUUUUCCUUUCCGUUUUGUUUGCCCUUGAUUUCUGUCCUUCAUCUCUUCUUGAAUCCUCUCCUCUCCUCUCCUCUCUCGUCUCCUCUUCUGGGCGCACAUCCCCUCUCCCCAUCCAUCCGCGCCCCCGAUGACAAACCGCGGUCCCCGCCCGGCUGCGCGCUUUGUGUGAUGAAGGGACCGCUGUGAGGGGGAGCGCGAGUUAUUGUGUGCAGUUAGUUGAGUGUGUCAGAGAGAGAGAGGGAGAGCGAGCGAGAGAGUGAGAGUCGAGCAGCGGGGACGGAGCGGCAGCACCGAGAUCAGUUUUCUCUCCCACUCUCUCAUUCUAACAUCAGAUGCUCACCUCCUCGCGUGGCCGGCACGAGAACACGAGCUUUCCUACAGUUUUGGGUCUCCGUAACAACAGCGUUGCUGUUUGGAGAGCAGCAGAUGUGGAGGAGAGGCAAUCAACGGCAGCUGAACCCCCCAUGACCCCAUGAGUUUGGUUUGGCCUGCCACUGAGUAGGAACUCUAUGUGGAUCAAGAGUUGAACAAGGAGCAUCCUAGACUAGGGGUGAGCUAGUCGCACCGCCUUCAGCUCUACGCAGCAUCCCCCCCUCCCACCUCCCUCUUCCUCAGCCUAAUCCCGCCGUCCUCCUGCCUCACCUUUUUCAUCCCACUUCUCGUGGGAAGCACACACAGCCAGCCAUGUCUCUCUUGGCCUCCCCCGCCCCCUGCCUCCUCCUCUUCCUCCUCCUCCUCCUCCCGCUGCCUCCCUGCCAGCCGGAGUCCAAGCGCGGUGACCCCAGCAGCGACCCCAGCACCGGCCCCGGGUACCGAGCGGUCACGCCCUCCAUGUUCCCCUCCUCAUUCCCACCGUCCGCGUCCUACGCCAACAGCACCCCUGAGAAGUGCAAGGAAGUGUCGGAGUGCAAGCCCGGCAUCAUACUGCCCGUCUGGCAGCCCAACCGGCCCGGGCUCGGCGACCAGGUGGCCAGAGCGGUGGUCUACUUCGCAUCGCUCAUGUACAUGUUCCUGGGAGUGUCCAUCAUCGCUGACCGCUUCAUGGCGUCCAUAGAGGUCAUCACGUCCCAGGAGAAGGAGGUGACCAUCACCAUGCCUAACGGGGAAACAUCGGUGGCGACGGUUCGAAUCUGGAAUGAAACGGUGUCCAAUCUGACACUCAUGGCUCUCGGUUCCAGCGCUCCGGAGAUACUGCUAUCUGUUAUAGAGGUGUGCGGUCACGAGUUCCACGCCGGUGAGCUGGGCCCGGGGACCAUUGUCGGCAGCGCCGCCUUCAACAUGUUUGCGAUCAUCGGGAUCUGCGUGUGGACGAUCCCCGAGGGCGAGACCCGCAAGAUCAAGCACCUGCGGGUGUUCUUCAUCACCGCCUUCUGGAGCAUCUUCGCCUACAUCUGGCUCUUCCUCAUCCUGUACGUCAUUUCGCCGGGCGUCGUGGAGGUAUGGGAGGCUCUGGUCACCCUGCUGUACUUCCCAGUGUGUGUCAUCCUGGCAUGGAUCGCCGACCGCCGCCUGCUCUUCUACAAGUACAUGGGCAAGCGCUACCGUGCCGACAAGCGCCACGGCAUCGUCGUGGAGACCGAGGGAGACCUGACGCCCAACAAGGGCGGCAUGGAGAUGAUCAUAGAUGGCAAGUUCUCGCCACGGGGAGGCGCCGUGGUGCCCGCCGAGAACUGCGGGGGCGGGACCCAGGACGGCACGGCGGGGGCCGUAGCCAAAAACGUCGGCGCGGGGGGCAACCUGCCCAACUCCAACAGCGCGAUGGUCAACGUGGAGAGCAGCAAGGAGCUGGACGAGAGCCGCAAAGAGGUGAUUCGUAUCCUGAAGGAGCUGAAGCAGAAAUAUCCGGAUAAAGAGCUGGACCAGCUGGUGGAGCUGGCAAACUACUACGCUAUGCUGCACCAGCAGAAGAGCAGAGCCUUCUACCGCAUACAGGCGACCCGCAUGAUGAUCGGAGCCGGUAACGUCCUGAAGAGGCACGCGGCUGACAACGCUCGCCGCACGGCCGUGACCGACGAGGAGGCGCCAGAAGAGGAAGACCUGGGAGUGUGCAGCCGCAUCUCGUUCGAAAGCGCCCACAGUCAGUGCAUGGAGAACUGUGGCGUCCUGACGCUGGCUGUAGUCUGCCAGGGGGGUCUGGGAGAGAACACCUUCUACGUGGACUACAGGACGGAGGACGGGUCCGCUAACGCCGGAUCGGAUUACGAGUACAGCGAAGGAACGCUGGUGUUCAAACCCGGAGAGACCCGCAGAGAGAUUAAGGUCGGUAUAAUCGACGACGACAUAUUCGAAGAGGACGAGCACUUCUUCGUGCGCCUGCUGAAUCUGCGUGUGGGCGACGCGGAGGGGAUGUUCGAGAGCGACGAAGCGGGCGCCGCACCCAAAGCUCGCCUGCUCGAGCCCCUGGUCGCCACGGUGACCAUCCUGGACGACGACCACGCCGGCAUCUUCACGUUCAGCGAGCGCAUGGUGCGGGUGAGCGAGAGCGUGGGCACCAUGGAAGUGACGGUGGUGCGCAACUCCGGUGCCCGCGGCACCGUCAUCCUGCCGUACCGCACCGAGUCGGGCACCGCCAAGUCUGGCGAGGACUACGAGGACGCCGGAGGAGAGCUGGAGUUCUCCAACGACCAGACCACUCAGUCAUUCCAGGUGAGGAUAAUUGAUGACGAAGAAUACGAAAAACAUGAAAACUUCUUCAUCGUGUUGGAGGAGCCACGCUGGCUUAAGAGAGGCAUCUCAGCUCUGCUGCUCAGCCAAGAGGGGGCGGAGGGGCAGAUGAGCUCCGAGGAGGAGGAGGCCCGGAGGAUAGCUGAGAUGGGGAAGCCCAUCCUGGGGGAGCACAGCCGCCUGGAGGUGGUCAUCGAGGAGUCGUAUGAGUUCAAGAGCACCGUGGACAAGCUCAUUAAGAAGACCAACUUGGCGCUGGUGAUCGGCACGCACUCCUGGAGGGAGCAGUUUGUGGAGGCGGUCACUGUCAGCGCAGGUGACGGCGACGACGAGGAAGAGGGCCGCGAGGAGCGCCUGCCGUCCUGCUACGACUACGUCAUGCAUUUCGUCACCGUCUUCUGGAAGGUCCUGUUCGCCUGUGUCCCGCCCACGGAGUACUGGAACGGCUGGGCCUGCUUCUUGGUCUCCAUCAGCUCCAUCGGCCUCCUCACCGCCGUCAUCGGGGACCUGGCGUCGCACUUCGGCUGCACCGUCGGCCUUCGGGACAGCGUGACCGCCGUGGUGUUUGUGGCACUGGGAACCUCUAUUCCAGACACCUUCGCCAGUAAAGUGGCCGCCAUGCAGGACCAGCACGCCGACGCGGCCAUCGGCAACGUCACCGGCAGCAACGCCGUCAACGUGUUCCUGGGCAUCGGUGUGGCGUGGUCGGUGGCCGCCAUCUACUGGUGGGCCAAGGGGAAGGAGUUCAGGGUGAACCCGGGCUCGCUGGCCUUCUCCGUCACACUCUUCACCAUCUUCGCUUUCAUCUGCAUGGGCGUGCUGAUGUUCAGACGCCGGCCCUCCAUCGGCGGGGAGCUCGGCGGCCCGAGGGGCGCCCGGGUGGUCACCAGCCUACUGUUCCUGGGCCUGUGGUUCCUCUACAUCCUCUUCUCCAGCCUGGAGGCCUACUGCCACAUCAGCGGCUUUUAGAGAAAAGGGAGACGGGAGGAACAUUGCACAGCAACAUACACAUAUACUUCAACACUCAGCGGUACACAGUUCCACAUGAAACAAGUGUUUGAUAGGGCUCACUGUGGCCCCACCCCUGGUCUUUGACGCGGGGAUACUAAGACACUACAUGUUCUCACACACACACACACACACUAUAUGUACGCAUGUGUAAACAGAUCAUGACAAAACACACGCACCAUGACGACUGGGCGAGAGGAAGUGUUAGUGAGGGGUACUGUCAAAGUCAGCGGAGAAGAGGGGCGAAGAGAGCGAUUGUGAAGUUGAGAUUUUAAAGGUGAAGAGAGGGGUCACCCAUCAGACCCGUAAGAGAAACAGGAAGUGGCGCACGGCAAAAAACUAAAACGUAUCCAUCCGAGUCGCGUCGAAGGAGACAAAAGCUCUCCUCUGUGUCGCCGUCUUUACCCGUGCUGCUUCACGCCUCUUCUCCACUGAGGAGGCGGAGCGCAUGUGUGGACAAAAAAAGUAAUUUACAAAAAGUGGAAUGUUUACAACAACAUUAAGCUCGUUUACGACGGGAGGUUCUCAUCUAAUACACCGUUUAGAUGAAGGCGGUUCUCCACACACGCUGUAAAUAAUCAAAGCAAGUGUACUUGUUUGUAUAUAUAAAGUAUAGUGUUUUCAGCAGCUACUGUUCUGUACAUAAAAUCCAGUUACAGAGAAAAAGAAAAGGGGAGGAAAACACUCUGUUUUUUUUAAAAUACACACACAGGCAGGAACGCCACACAUUCCCAAACAUUAAGAAAGUGCAGACAACGUGGGUCGAUUUUUUUUUUUGCAACAUGCCAUUAGAGACUAAAGUCUCAGCUGACCAAACAAAUAAACGAUAAGCUGCUGAAAUGUUAAGUUUAUGAAGAGCCAUAUCUCCCCAGCACGUUCCUCUCAGAUGCAUCUCUGGUUUUCAUGGCAACCAGAGCAUAGCUCUGACAGAGACGUUUGUAUAUCAAACUUGUUUUUGCAUGUAUAGCCAGAGCAACUUUACGAGUCACAAAUAUAUUAUGUAAUAAAGGGGAAUGAUCAGAAUCCACCUGUAAAUUCCAUCCGUGUGUGUGUGUGUGUGUGUGUGUGUGUGUGUGUGUGUGUGUG